AUCCAUCCCCGUAUUAACCCCCCACGAUGGGUAUUCGCAAGUGCAUCGUGCCGGAUUGCCCGUCGUCAUCGGCACGUCCGGAAGAUCGUGGCGUUACGUACCACAAAAUACCCUACCUAGAGGAUAUGAAGCGCUUGUGGAUUGUUGCCUGCCAUUUGCCGGACGAUUACUUUGCAACGAAGGGCUCGAACGUAUGCAGCCGUCACUUCCGGAAGGCAGAUUUUCAGGAAUUUAAGGGCAAAAAGUAUGUGCUCAAGUUUGGUGUUAUUCCAACGAUAUUUGCGUGGACCAUCGCAAAGCCAUCGGCGGACGAAGCUUCCAAGAGUGGCCAGAAAGCGUCGAAAGGAAAGGAAGAUGGAAUGAAGGGACAGAAGGUGGUAAAGGUUAAGGAAGAAUUUUUCCACGAAGUGGGUGAUAAUGAUGAAAAUAUUGUGCUGAAAGAGGACGCAAAGGUAUCAGCGUUGUUGAAAAAAGACACCUCACAGAAGGAGCAGAAAACGCCUGCCAAAAGAAAGUCCAUACCAUCGUCGAAGCGUGCUAGCAGCAGUGGCAUCAGCGGUAAGAAAGGGUCAGCAACGCCGGCCAAACAAGCACGCACCGAGCAACCGCCGGUUGCAUCAUCCACCAAGAAGCAAUCGCCGAAAAAAGCAGCCAGAGAAGAUUCAAAGCAACCUGUUGCCAGCGAAACGCAGCCAGCUGUUGCUGUAGAUGCAGAUGAGCCUGAGCCGGCUGGGGGAGGUGCAGAAAAGCCAAUCGAUUUUACUCCCGGCACAAAGAUCGAGGCACAGGAUUUUAGCGGUACAUGGCAUGCGGCCAAACUGGUCGAAGUAGACACCGAAGACCGGGAGGUGUUGGUGCAGUUCGAUAAGACAGAUAAACUUAAAUCGACCACGCUGGAAGAAUGGAUAUCGAUGGACAGUGUUCGGCUGCGUCCCAUUUCCAACACAAACUACAGCGUCGGUGAAAAGGUGUUUGCCCGGUGGAGUGAUUCGCGGAAGUUUAAGGCCACAAUUAAAAGCAUUGUUGAGCACAACAUGUACGAGGUGGUGUUUGAUGAUGGAUUUGCAAAGAUCUGCAAAGCGUCACACAUUAGUCGCAUUAAACGGUCCGAGGAGGCGAAGGCGGACACGGGCGAAAAGGACGCUGAGGGGGAUGAUACUGAAGCGAAUGCAACGAUAAAGACAGAACCGGGAGAAGAAGGGGCCGAAGGUAGUGUCGGAGGGCUGCUAUCAGUGAACCAGCUUCGUAUUCCGCAGGUUGUAAAGUUGAGCGAACUGCCGGAUAUUCCACAAACCGGUGAAUGGUGCUGCCACUGGAUGAACGAUUAUCCGGUCGGGGAAUCGUCCGAGGUGGAUCUGCGGGGCGGCCGGGUGUACACAGUGAUAGUGCCCGAUUGGCGCCUGCCGGAAGGAUGGGUGAAACACAUCUUUCAGCGCAUAACGACGUUCGGGAAGAUGGACAUACUGUUGGUUAGUCCGUCCGGGAAGGUGCUCCGUUCGAGGCAGGAGCUGAAAAAGUAUCUAGACGAAAUCGGUGAAACGUACGAUCCGAACGUGUAUGACUUUGGAUUGCAUGUGAAGCGGGCGAAACAGCUGCGAUUCUUUCACUACACCCAAGAGUACAAGGAUAGCUUCCUGCCCAAACCGGCGCAAGAACCGAUGCUGCUAAAUACCGAGGUAAACAUCGGCUCGGUGAAGGUGAAAAUCAUUGACAAUUUGUUCCAAUGUCCAGAGGAAGAUUGUUUGAAAACGUUCCGGAAGGAGAACCAUCUUCAAAUACACAUCAAACACUAUCACAAGGAGCUAGCGAAGGGUUUGGGGGACAUUCCAAACAUGCAAGAUUUGGCCGCUCUACGAACUCCGAUCGAAUUGCUUGAUUCGCCGAAACCGGUGAGCCGUAAAUCGCAGGUCGCUUCUACACCGAAAUCAACAGGAACGCCCGUUGUUGUGAAGCAAGAAAAGAUGGAAGAGGAUGAACUGAUCAUACCGGAUGUGUUGGUGGAAAAUGCGACGAUGCAGGACAGCAAACCGAUUAAGGAAGAUGUGUUGAAGUAUCCUAAAAAAAUGGAGACAGAUAAACCAGACACAGACAAGCCAGAAACGAAUGUGAACCCAGAUGUUGUAGAACCAUCCAGUGGACAAGAAACAUCCGCCGAUCCUAGCGCACCUUCAACGUCUACUUCAGCCGCAAUUCCAAAAUCGAAACCACCAAGUAGUAAGGUACCAAAAAUUAAACUUUUCAGUCAGAAAAAAUCAUCCGAUGACUCGAAAAAGGUACGCCACGGUAUGGUGUCGAAGAAGAAAUCAUCGCGAUCGAAGAAAUCGCGAUCAAGACGAUCGCGACCAGCGCGACGUCGGGUGAAUCGUACGGCACCGGCCGUCCGUACGAGCGAUACGAGCCUUCACGGGUCGUACUCGUACGGGAACUAUAGUGGAACGUUCCACAAUGAGGUGGGUGGCGGAUUUUAUGACGAUUCGAUAAAUGCCAGUGUCGGCGGAUCGGCAACCGGGCUGGUCGAUGAGAAUGGUGAGGUCAUAAAGAUUGUUCGUAUGCGCAAGGAGGAAAUCAUUAACUGCAUCUGCAAGGUAACGGAAGAGGACGGAUUGAUGGUACAGUGUGAGAUGUGUCUCUGCUGGCAGCAUGCCUUUUGUCAGAACAUUCGGAACAGUGCCGAGGUGCCGGAUACGUACGUUUGCAGCAUCUGUCGCUAUCCGUAUCGGGGCCGUGUUUCGAAGCGGUACGCACACGAUCAGGAUUGGCUGUACGAGGGAAAGCUGGCGGUGGCAAAGUAUCAUGCGGCCAAUUCGAAGCACGCGCAGCGGUUCGAUAUACUGAAAAACUCGCACACCCUGACGGGCAAUCUGCUCGAGCUGAAGCGCUUCAUGCACAGUUUGCAGGUGAAGAUAAACAUUGCAGAAAAGAAGGACCACCCGAAGAUGUACCUGUGGUCGAAGAAGUGGGAAAAGAGUCCACCGCGUGGAGAUGGCAGUAGCAGUACGUCGAUGGGUGGAGGUGAUAAACAUGGGGAAGGUGGAGAUCAGCAACAGAUGCCCCAGAUACCGGUACCGGAAGCACCGAUCGAUCCGGCCGAAUGUCAGGCGAUCCUGCUCGAUCACAUCCAGAAGCAGCAGAACGAUGCGAUGGGACGGUUGCAAGCGAUCGAGGCACAGAUUAUAGGACUGGAAGCAUAUGACGAAAAGGCAGACCUGCUGGAAUCUCCCACCGCGAAGAACUAUCCGAAAACGAAGCAAACCAUCCAUAUGCUGCUGAACGAUUUGCUGAAGAUGAAAAAGAUUGCCGAAAUUCACACGGAUUUGCAUAAUCUGUCGGUGCAGUGA